AUGAAAGAAAGAAAAGAAGAAAAGGCUACACUGGAGUUGGGGAGCACGUUGAAUACGAAAAAGAGGAUGAUCCGCUUAUUAUUAACAACAUUUUUGUGCGCUCUUGCAUCCAAAUCAACAGCGAUUUUCCAAUGCAGGGAACAAACCAGGUGCGGAGCGUUGGUCGGUUACAAAUCGCGGGAUCCGACCACUUUAGGGGCCAUCCAGAGACUGUUCAACGUGAGUCGAGCGGCGGACAUUCUCGCCGCUAACGGCCUUCCCGAGUGGACCAUACCCGACAAUUUCACGGUGGAUCAGAAACGCGUCACGCGUAUCCCGUUUGAGUGCGACUGCACGGAACCUGAGUCGUACGGUAAGGCCACUAACCCUCCCGUCUACAAGGUGCGGAUGGGUGAGAAUAUUAGUGACAUAACAACGACAGUGUUCUCGGGAUUGGUUAAUUCAUUGGAUAUUCAAUAUGGAAAUAACAUCAGCAACUUGGACAGUUUAUUCGUGGGACAGGAACUGCGUAUUCCACUGCCCUGCAGCUGCGGGAAGGUGAAUGGGGUGGGUGUGGUGCACUUUGGAUUGACGCUGGAAUACGGACUCACCUUGGAACAGAUAGGUGAGGAGUACCACAUCGACUCAGAGACCCUCUGGAGUUUGAAUCCAGCUUCCAAUCCCAAUUUUCUGCUCGGAACGGCUGUGGAUAUUCCUCUCCCAGGUUCCUCUUUCUUUUUCACAGUGCAAUGCCUUCUUUCAAGAAUUUAA